UCGGAAAGCAGUGACUUUCGUUCUUUUCGUGAAGUCUGAGAAGACGUGGGAACUUGGGUAUUUUUUUAGGAUGAAUCUAUACAGGAGCUUUGGAAACCUUUUAGAGACUUGGGUAGCUGAAGGAGGCCCGUGCUCUGACCCAGAGCAGGACAAAUGGCUUGGCAGUGACUGUGGAAAUUCUCUUACAGCUUCCCCGGACAUGGGGACAAAUCUGCGCUCGGAAUCAGUGGACUCUGGAGUGGAGAUGGCCAGCUCUGACACUUCAUUUCCUUCUCCAUGUGGCUCUGUGUCAGUCGGGAAUCCAGAAAUAGAUCCAGUCACAACAGAGAGAGAGGAGGACAGACUCACCCCUGUCUCAACAUCACAAACACGGGAUUGCGCUGUGGACUUGCACCUAAAACUGGAGCAAGCACUCCAGAGGACGCAACCGAAAUGUCAGAGUCUAAGGAACAAGCCCAUGUCCCAAACAGGUGAUGUGGUGCUCAGGCAAAAAACUUCUUCACUAACCAAACAGCACACAUCAACCUUGGUAAAAGGUCAAAGGUCAGAGAGCUUUGAGCUAAGGACAACAGUCAGACCAUUAAAGCCAAGCAGACACAUGUCAGAGCCACGCAGACGACCUCUGUCCCUGCACUCUGAUAGCCGGCCUGCAGCUCAGACAAAGACAGAGGACCAUGGCGAACAAGGGCGAGAGAGACUGAGUCCUGGGCUCAGCUACUUGGAACAGGUGUGCAAAAUGUUAGAGGAAGUUGCCAGACUACAAAUUCACAACCGGGGAUUACAAAUGGAGGUUGAUGCCCUCCGGGAACAUCAUGCUAAGCAGGCUCCAGAAACCCUGGGGUGUGAUGAAAAAGCUGUUGUGGAGGACGUGUCUUCUUGUCAAAGACAUGAAACUGCCAGAGUAGAGCGUGUUUCCAGUGAAACACAGUGGCCAAAUUCUUAUGCUUGCCAUAAUUUUCGGCGAAGGUCAGCAUCAGAUACCAGAAUAGCAGCUGGACAUUUAAGAAGGUUGAAACUGGACACUAGAGGGCAGUAUGCGAGUGGAGAUGAUCUGCUUGAGCAAACAGAGGAAGAGCUUGAAAAGCAGGAAAUUAAGAAGGCAGAGCAGAGUAAAAGCAAGACGUGGAGGUUAAAGAUCGGGUCUUUGAGAAGAGAGGAGUCAACUGCCAUGUCGGACUCAGAGAUAAAUGGCCAACAGAUGCAUCCAUCCAAGAAAAACAGUGCCAGACGUCAGCUGAGCCAGCUGUUCAGGAGGCGAAAGGAAAUUCUGCCUGUGUGAGCGGACCACACCGUUUCUCUCAGGAUUUUUGGACUUUUGGUUUCAGAAUGUCUUCCCUACACUGUCACACCUGCUUUGAAACUGCGCUUUAAUUUGAAUUCAUGUGCUAUAGCUUACUACCAUCUUUAUUUAUUGUUCAGCAUGUAUGUCACUUCAUUAUUUACAUUAAAUUGUGCCUGGGAAUGAUAAAUGCAUAUGUCACACAUUUUGUUGUAUUUUCUCUGUCAUGUAAUUCAUCAUCCAUGAUUACUAUGGUGAUACAGACUUGAUAUGCAGACCUUCAGAUUUGUAUCUUUGCCCUUUUUCUGUAUGGUUAGCUGCAGUUUGGU